GAGAAAAUAUCGUAUCGCUCUUGGUGAUGGUAUACUCGAAUUCAUCUCUUUUGUGGAUCAAGAACGUUCUAAAUCCUCACAUGAAUCAGAUGUAGCAACCAAAACCGACCAUCCGUACAGCCACGUGAGCAUUGACUAUAACCAACUUCGACAUAUUCAACGAGCCAUUAGGGCACAUGCAAAUUUCUCGGAAUACAUUCCAUUAUGUUUAUUAUUGAUUUUCUUUAUUGAAGUUAACAAAUAUUUGUCAUCAACUUGGAUACACGUUGCAUGUGGAACAUUAUUAGUAUCGAGAAUUUUUCAUGCAGAAUUGGCAUUUAAUGACAAAAAUAAUAAGUUGGCAGUUAGCAUAUGGAGACGAAUAGGAAUGAUUUUAACUUUUUCAGUUUUACUAAGUUCCGGG